AUGCAGAUUCCAAUCAUUGACUUCUCAGCUUUCCUGGACCCGUCUAGCAGCAACGAUGCAAAGCUCAAAGUAGCGAAGAGCCUUGAUCAAGCAUGCCGUGAAGUUGGCUUCUUCUAUCUCUCUGGCCAUGGCAUUGAUGCGUCACUAUUUACCAAGAUGCUCUCGAAUGCCAAACAAUUCUUCACCACCGCAUCAUCAGAGGAGAAGGACGAAAUCAAAGUAAAACCGAGCGGCGAAGGUGCCGGCGAUGAUAGCAGAGGCUACAGGGUAGUCGAGAGAGCUGAUGCAGGCUACAAAGCUGUUGAUUUCCUUCGCGAACUCGAGACAGAAGGACCACCAUACACAAAAGGUCUUGGCCGCAACCAAUGGCCCAAAACCCCAGCAUCUCUUCGUCAAAACGCCGAGGAAUAUACUACACGUCUUGUGGCGCUUGGUGUCGCGAUCAUGAAAGCCUUUGCUCUGGCACUAGACGUACCCGAAGAGAUAUUCGUCAGCAGAAUUGACGAGUCAUUCUGGCAACUGCGUAUAGCUGCAUAUCCCGGAGUCAUCGAAGGAGUAGAAAAAUCUAAGAGUGGGUUGUAUCAGCAUAGCGAUUUUGGAAUUUUGACAUUUCUCUUGACCGAUGAGCACAAAGGCUCUCUGAAAGUGCUGGCUCCAAAUGGCGAGGACUGGAUAUCUGCCGAUCCUGUUCCAUCGACUCAGCACAAGGUACUGCACGCAUCUCAGGAUAUGCGCAUAUCUAUCCCGUUCUUCUUCGAUCCGAACUGGGACGCCAGGAUUGAACCUGUUUUGGGUAAUGCUGAGAAGAAGUCGAAGGGUGAAGGCGUGAAUUACAAGGACAUAUUCACGGGUGCAAUCAAAUACCCCUACUAA